AUGGAAUCGUCGUACCUGGCCACUCUCAUGUUUCCCAAAGCUCUGAAUAGCUUUCAGAAAGAAGACCCCACUUUCCGUCGGUUUAGACCUGAGAGUGGCCAGCUUGAUGGAAUUGGAAAGCCUCAUGUAAUCUUUCAAGAAAUAAUUAGUCGACGUGCUGAAUUCGACUAUCUACACAAGAAGCAAAGUGGAAGACAAGGUACAUAUGCAAGGAUUAUGGGAAAAUUCUCUUUAAUCGAACCACUCCUACCGGACUCCGGAACUAAGUUUGGAUUCAAGAACAUGCUUGCCAGACAAGCUAUACCUUCUAAUUUUGUGCCAGCAGGUUAUAUUAUUGGGAAUCCUGUGGAAAAUAUUCGUAUUGUCAUGAACCAUGCUGAUGAACCAUGA